AUGGACGUCAACACGAUACGGCCUCUGCUCUCUGCUACCGAGCUGGCCGACGCCGAGUGGUGGGACCCCCACAACCGGGAUGCCGUGCGCAUGGCCUUCUUGAAGCGGUAUGCGCUCACCCAAGAUUUCGGCAACUCUACAUCCCCUUAUGUUCGAGAUGCCGUGCUUCGACCCCUCGGCUACCGCGGCUCCUCCGGCGAUGCUUUCAGUUUCCUCGUCGAGCUGGAAAUGUUUGACGAAUUUGCCAACCUUCACCAGCUGCGCGCUACCCAUCUCGGGGGCCAGCCCGCCCUUCCGACACCAAUUACCCCAACGGCCUGGCCGACGUACCACACGGUCUACACGAUUGACGACGCGUCCACCACGGAGGUCGACGAUGGCAUCUCGGUGGAGUGGCAGACGGGAGGGAGCUCCCGCCCCAACAACUGGGUGUUUGUGCACAUUGCAGAUCCGACUAGUUGGAUCCCCGUGGACCACGAGGUGGACCGACACGCGCGCGACAGAGUUUCCACAAUCUAUCUGCCCGAAACCAUUGUCCCUAUGCUGCAGCCAUCUAUCUACCGUCAUUUCAGCCUGGAGCCCAGGAGAGACAAUUACGCCAUGACAUUUGCCUUCAAGAUCAGCUCAGUGGACGGUGCCAUCGAGGAUUACACAAUCACUCCUUCGAGCAUAUCUCGGGUCAAGAAGCUCACCUAUCACCAAGUAGAUGCUGUGCUUGCCCAGGCACCUGGCGGACAGGCGUCGAGGCACACAUCGCAAUCACUUCUGGCCGACCAAGACAAAGAGGCACUCUUACACUUGCACGAGCUGGCCCUCUUGCGCAAGCGCUGGCGGCUCAGUCAAGGCGCCAAAACAAUCAUCCUUCCCAAGCCUCUGGUCAAGGUUAUCAACACGCCGCACAUGAGGCGUGUCUCGGUCUCAGUCGAAGAACAGAUGACUCCUGCUCGCGAGUUGGUGGCGGAAAUGAUGAUUGCAACCAAUCAGGUAGCGGGCCUCUAUGCGGCGCAGCACGGGCUGUUCGUGCCCUACCGCCAUCAAGCAGCUCCUCAUGAAGUCGAUCCGGAUCUACUUCGAGAGCUCGAUGGCUUGCCGGAACACAUCAAAUAUGCGGAGCUGGUGCGGCACAUGCAAACUGCCGAGAUAUCCCUGGUGCCGAAGCGACACACAAGCCUAGGUACGCUGAGGAAGAGGAGCUCCUUCAGGGACAUGGGACGACGCUAA